AUGGGAAAAUGGGGUACCCUUGUGUUGCUUGUACUAGUUACAUUGCAUGCAAGUGCUGCACGUAAUGUGCCAAAGGGUAGUGGUGAAAAUGAAGAACAAACUCUGGGCGUGCAUGCAAGAGCGCCACAUACAGAGUCUUCAAUGAGCCAGGGUGUGGGUGAGAAGAAGAACUUUUUGGUUGGUGGGGUUGGAGGAUUUGCUGGGAUGGGUGGUUUUGUAGGAGGUGGCGCAGGGGGGAUUGGAAAGGUUGGCGGAAUCGGUGGUGGAGUCGCUGGAGGGAUAGGCAAGUUUGGUGGAAUCGGUGGUGGGGUCGGUGGAGGGAUUGGGAAGUUUGGUGGCAUUGGUGGUGGUGCCGGGAUUGGUGGUUUCCAUGGCAUUGGUGGCGGUGCCGGAAUUGGUGGCUUCCACGGCAUUGGUGGUGGUGCCGGAAUUGGUGGCUUCCAUGGCAUUGGUGGUGGAGUUGGAGGCUUAGGUGGUGCUGGUGGUGGUUUAGGUGGUGGUGGUUUAGGUGGUGGUGGUUUAGGUGGUGGUGCUGGUGGUGGUGCUGGUGGUGGUUUAGGUGGUGCUGGUGGCGUUGGAGGCUUAGGUGGUGCUGGUGGCGUUGGGGGCUUAGGUGGUGGUGGUGGCGUGGGGGGCUUAGGUGGUGCUGGUGGUGUUGGAGGCUUAGGUGGUGGUGCUGGUGGAGGCUUAGGCGGUGCUGGUGGUGGCUUAGGUGGUGCUGGUGGUGUUGGAGGUGUAGGUGGUGUAGGAGGUGUAGCUGGUGGAGGAUUAGGAGGAGUUGGGGCUGGUUUGGGUAACUAG